CUCCCGCCCCUGCUCCUGACCCCGCCCCCUGCCGCCACGCGCCCCAGGUAUUAGCCCUUUUCCCCGCCUUCCUGCCCCCCUCCGGCGCCGCGCACCUCCCUUUCGGCGCGCGGAGGGGCGGGACCGGGCCAGGCCGGCCGAGCGGGAGGGGUUGCUCCUGCGUUACGCGGCAGAAGGAGACGAGCGCGGCGGUCAGUAGAUACUGCUCUUGAAAAGAAAACAUGACUUAUACAGUGAAUGAACCUUAAACUCCUGGGCCAAAAACUGAAUCUUUUCUUCAUGAAGGAUGGCAACACCAUACGUUCCUGUCCCUAUUCCUAUUGGAAGCUCCUCAUCCAGCUUUACAAACAGAAACCAAAGAAGUUCUUCUUUUGGGAGCAUCUCAACAAGUUCCAGCUCCUCAAAAGGACAGUUGGAGGACUCUACAAUUGGUAGUUUUAAAAAGAUGAGUGUGCCUGACCAGAUUGGUUCUACAUCAUCUGCGUGUAGUAGUCCACUUGUUAGGACUAAAUUUACAGGUAUGGACACAUCCAUAGAAUACUGUACGCAGCCUUCAGAAGAAAUAGAGCAGAAUACAGAUUCCAGGAGCUGGGAAGAUCGACCGUCCACACCUACUAUACUGGGUUAUGAGGUGAUGGAGGAAAGGGCAAAAUUCACUUUAUCCAGGGAAAUGGUCAUAUUUUGCCUGGAAAGACAAAACCUCAUGUUCAAGAUAGACGGAACAAAAGGAGGAUGUUAUUUUUAUCCUACAUCGCCUUUCCUUGUGAAGCAGGUAUACAAAAUACUGGUAAAAAGAAGUCCAGAUGAAAGUUGGGUGGUCUUCAGACGGUACACUGACUUCUCCAGGCUUAAUGACAAGCUAAAAGAUAUGUUUCCGGGCUUUCGGUUGGCCCUUCCACCAAAGCGCUGGUUCAAGGAUAAUUAUAAUCCUGACUUCUUGGAAGAUCGACAGUUGGGACUACAAGCAUUCCUUCAGAACCUAGUAGCUCACAAAGAUAUUGCUAACUGCCUUGCAGUGAGAGAAUUUCUUUGUCUGGAUGAUCCUCCAGGUCCUUUUGACAGUCUAGAAGAGAGCAGGGCUUUCUGUGAAACUCUGGAGGAAACAAAUUACCGUCUACAAAAAGAACUGCUUGAGAAACAAAGGGAGGUUGAGUCACUGAAGAAAUUGUUACAUGAAAAGCAACUUCAUAUAGAUGCUGUUGAAAGAAGAAUUAGGGAUUUAUCUUUAGGAAAAAUGACUCGUCAAAUGUCAGGAGAAGGAAGUGAGUGCAGUGGUGAGGUGGAGUCUUCUGCAGUAGAAGCAGACCAGGGGACCCUGGGUGAGGAGAGCUGCUCAGAUAAAGAGAACCAUGAUGCAUGCUGGAGUGGCUCUUUGCCUGAAAAUUCUGUACCAGAAAUUGAAGUUGCUGAAGUAGCAUAUACUGCUGAUGAAGAAGAAUAGAUCAGUAGCAGCUGCUGGUACCUGGGAAAGCUUCACGUUUGGGACAUACUCUUUGGGUAGGGUAUAGAGUAGCUGUGAGGAAUUUACAGCAAAGAGCAAGAAUGCACAUAUUGAAUGUUUACAUAAAUUUUACAAAAUUAUUAACAUAAGAAAUAUACCGAUUGCUGCUUUGAUUUCAGUUUUUAUCUAGCCUUUAUAUGUUUAAUAUAUUAAAGUCUAAUAAGGGCUAAAAUCAGCUGAAGUUUAGAUAGUGUACAUACACAAUUUGGCUGACUUCCCUACCAGGGUGACAAAAGCUUCACCUUGAAUUGCCAGCCAUCUAGCAUGUCAUCUGUUGCCACCGAUGUGACACACUUGAUGUGUUCAUCUGUUCGAUAUUUGUGUUUUUGUAUUCUUAUAGCCAUAAAUUAAUGUUUGUUGACGUAAAAACAGACUCAUCUUUUGUUUAAUAAGAGUGUAGAAUAUGUUGGUUUUAAAUUCUAAAGUUGAAAGAUAUUUCUCUGGAAAUUUUAAUCCAAUGCAAUAGGAACCCUGACAGUACCAAGAGAAGAGUACUUACGUAAUGGGAUUGUACUUGGACAUCUUAAGAAGCCUGGUCAUUUUUGCUGAAGGAAUUAAUACGAGACCCCCAAAACACUGUGUAUUUUCAUCCCAAGAGAGCAUGCUGUAAUACUUUUUGUUUGGUAAUGCUGCUUUGAAAAUCUGGGAUACCUUUGCUAUAUACCCAUGUAAUAAUAAAACUGGUGAGUUUGCCUUUUACUUGGAACACUACCUCUUACCAUCUUGUUAAUGCAUUCAUGUUUGUUUAAAAAUAUUCCAGAUUAUAUGGAGGUUAUUGAAAGACUUGUAAAGAAGCCAUAUUUUUUUCCUGCACAGUUCAUAACUAGAUUGAAUCUAGUUGCAAUGUAUUUUUGUUUCAAUAUAUUGUACACAUGGGGAUAAUCCUACAUGUGUUCUAUAGCCUAUUUUUCAAAAUGUAUUAAGACAGGAGAUGCACUUUAUAAUUAAAACUCCAUUGUGCCAAGUUCAGUUGGCUAAUCGGUUGAGAAAGGGGAGUUGCAGGGAGAGGAUUAUGUAGUGCCUUUUUGUAUUUUACUUGUUCAUUACUGCAGAAUUUUGUUACAGUGCUCUGGGUCAGUUCUGUGGAACCUUUGAUACAGCUUGUUUCUGUUCUUCACUUAUUUACUGAAAGUGCCUUGUUUUAUUCUGCUUUUUCAAUAGGAAGAAUGCUGUUUUGUUUUAAUCUGGUUUUUUUCACCUUAUACCACCCACAUUGCUGUUUAAUGUUGUCAAUAUGCAGUGUCUUUGUGCUGGAGUUUCCAAAGGGAGCUUUGUACUUCAGGCUGCACAUACAAUGACCUUUAUGCAGAACUGUAUAAACCUUCCUGGUGAAAUAAAGCUAUGGAUAAAACACCUGUCUUCUUUUUUCCAUUAUAGGAAAAAACGUUCAAUGCCUUGUCUAGUAAAGGAUUAAAAUACUAUUAGAGACAUUUUUACCUCAGUGAUUUCCUACAGUUACUCUUUGGUCUACAUUCUGUUUGUACCAAAAAUGUCUGCAUGAAAAAGAAUGCGAAUGCUGUAAUGACACCAGAAAACUUGCUGUACUUGAAGAUUAAAAAGGAACUGAUCUUUUUUAAUAUUCUGCAUGAAUCCUCACAGAUGUCAAGUGAACUCAAUAAAGUUUUGACACCUUA